AGUGUGCAUGUAAAAACGGCUAGCUGGAAUCUUCCGAAAAAUUACCAAUUCCCAGAUUACUUUAUCAUGGAUUAAAAACGAGACUUUCAGAAAUAUUUAGUAGUUGCUUAUACACUUUGUUCAUGAAAUAUGAAGUUGGCAAUACUGAUUCUAAGUAAACAAUGUGACAGCCCUGAGAGCUGGUGACGACAACUUCUAGUUCUACCUAAAGUGAAAUUGCUUAGGUAAGAAAAACCGAGUACCUACGUAAAUUGUCAGGUCAGUCAGUCAGUCAGCGUUUCACGAAUCAGAAGACGUCGUGAAGCGAACAUGGAGACGAAUGAAACGAAAGAAGGAACGGGAUUUCGUGAAGGAGAAGUACUCUUCGACGUGAACAAGAAGGAUGAUUUAACUCAUGAUGAAAUAUGGGAUGAUACCAUACUCAUCCAGCAGUAUGAUGAGGCCUCAGCUCGUGUGCGCAAGAUGAUUAACAACAGGCUUGGCACCACAGAGAGCGAAGUAUCAGAGGUGAACACUGCUUCUGACAGGGAUAACAAAAGCUCCAAGAAGAAGAGGAGAAAAGCCAGAAAGAAAGCUCAAUGGCAUGUUGGAGAUUUUUGCCGCUCAAGAUUCAAUGAAGAUGGAGAGAUAUAUGAAGCAACAAUUAUUUCAGUUCAGUCAGAAAGGGGUAAAGCCAUAGUUAGAUAUGUUGGGUACAAUAAUGAAGAAGAGGUCUCCUUACGUAGUUUAGUGAAAAGUAAAGGCAAAGAUUUUCGCCGGAUGCAAGAGGAAGCAGCUGAAGAUGUGCAGUCAGAGAUUAGUGAUUUUUGCAGUUCAGUGCAAGAGAGUGAUAUGCAGUCAGAUACAGAUGGUGAAAGAUCCAGCAAGAUGAAAACCCCUCGCCCACCAGGGAUGCCACAACAUGCCUCCGCCCUCCUUUUUUGGAUCUGGUGCCCAGUUUAAUCCUCCUCCAUAUUUGCCAGACCUCCCUCCUCCUCCAGCCCUAGCUAUGGAUGUCAGUGAGGACUCUAGGACAUCUGAAGCUUUGCAUACAAUGCUUAUGAGUUGGUAUAUGACAGGUUAUCACACUGGCUAUUAUCAAGGACUAAAGCAAGCAGAGUCACUGAAGCAGAGAAAGAAACAUAAGUGACCUUAUUUUUAGUAGUUAACCAUAUUUGAAAGGUUGGUGCACAAUCUCUUUUGUAACUUUUUUUUCUAGUUCAAUAAAAUUGGGAUACUUCUUAUAAGAGGAAUAA